AUGUUUCGUCAUAAAGAUCAUUCAAGACAUAAUAUAACUCUUGAUACUCCUGAUACGCCUUAUUCGAAAUCAUAUGCCAUCGUUGUAUCAUCAACAACAUUAAAUGAUAAUAAUUGGAAUAGUGUUGUUAGUUUUUUAUUUGAUCGUCAUUCUAAUGCUACUCUAUUAGUUUAUUCAAAUAAUGAUGUUAAAACAAUUCAUUCAGAUUUAAAAGCAGCAAUGCCACGUUAUGUUGCAUUUGUUUGUCAACCAGAUGAAUGUGGACGAACAUUUGUUGCUAAAUGUCAUCGUUUAAUGCGUACACUUGAUAAUGAUCCAUAUAUUGAUGCAAUGUGGGCAAUAAUAACUGGUUCUGAUGCUGAAUCAGCAAUAAAAUCAAUUGAUAAUGAAUCUAUACCACAACCGUUUAUUAUUCGACGAGCAAUAAAUUUUACGAAUGUUGAUCAAAAUUUAUUUGAAUCAUGUUUUACAUUUUCGGAUGCAAAAAGAAAUUGUUGGUCUGGAAAAAAUUGUGGUUUAGAUGAUGCAAGUGGAGAAGAAAAAGAUGAAGGUGAUGAAUAUCCAAAAGCACCAGCAGAAAUAUUUGCAGAGAAAUUAAAUGAAAUGGAACCUGAUCUUUUAGUAACAAGUGGUCAUGGAGGUGAACAAUAUGUUGAAAUGCCUUGGUCUGUAGGUAAAUUACAAGUGGAAGAAUCAGGUCUUGUUCCUCUUGAUGAAAAUUCUGAACCUGCAGCACCAAUUAUUGAAUCAUCGAAUAAUCCGAAAAUAUUUUUACCCAUUGCUAAUUGCCUUGUCGGUCAUUGUAAUGGAUCUCAAUGUAUGGUAACAACAUUUCUUGGUCGUAUGGGUGUUCGACAAAUGUGUGGUUAUACAGUUCGAACUUGGUUUGGUCGUGCUGGAUGGGGAACACUUGAUCUUUGGAAAAGUGUACCUGGUCGAUUAACUUUAUCCGAUGCUUAUUUUUUACAUCAAGCACGUAUGACAUAUGAUAUAAAAUCAAUUAAUCCUCGAUUACUUGAUUUUAAAUUUGAAUUUUCUGACGAUCCAGAUUAUGAAACUGUUGUUAAUCAACUUGAGAAACAAUAUCAUUUAAAUCAUGAGAAAAUUGAUGACAAAGUACGUGAAGAAAUCUAUGGUUUAUGUUAUGAUCAUGAUACAUUUGUUUUUUAUGGUGAUCCAGCUUUUCUAGCAAAUUUACAAGAAAAUUCAAUUGAAAAUCUUUUAACAACAAAAUUUCAUCGUACAGGAAAAACUACACAUCAAUUUAUAAUUGAAUAUAAAGAUGUUGAAACUGCACAAAAUUAUAAAUUACCUAUUGGUAGUAUAUUUACAAAUCGUAUUGAACAUUUCAAUAUUAUUAAUGGUUUUGAAUAUGUUCCAAUUUUAUCGGAUAAUUUUCUUAUGAUACUCAAACCAAAUCCUCGUGAUAAAGAAAGUACAAUAAUAAAAAUUGAUUUUCGUGGAACAUUAAUAUAA